AUGAAGCACGGAAACAACACCCAAGCGCGAGUGGCAGCCGACGAAUCUUCUCAUCAUCCACAGGUAGUGGAUGAACGGGAUGCCGAUGACACGACGAUAUUUUACAACAAGAACAAAGACAAGGUCAGUCCUCUGACCCCUGAGCUUGAGGGGAAAGUUAUCCGCAAAAAUUUCUGGUUCCUGCUCAUCCAAACAUGGUGGAUUUCCUUCUUGAUCCAUCUUGAUAAGUCGACUCUCUCUCAGGCCAGUACCAUGGGAAUUUUCAAGGAUGUUGAGAUGACCAAGAAUGAGUACAAUGAGCUUUUUAUCCUGUUCUAUGCCGGCUAUCUCGUUGCGCUCUGGCCAGGUGCUUGGAUAUCGCAGCGCAUUGGGCACAAGCACUUCAUUACAGGCUCACUCUUUCUCUGGGCUCUUUUUAUAGGUGUCCAUCCUGCUGUCAAGACAGGAAAGCAGAUGAAGGCGGUGCGGUUUCUUUUGGGAAUGACAGAGUCACAGAUUAUCCCUUCAACUGCCGUUCUACAUCAGGCCUUCUUUCCGCCGAAGAAGAGCCCAUGGGUGCAGUUACUGUGGUGGGCAUUUGGGAGUAUGGCCAACGUCAUGCUCACAAUGAUUGCAUAUAAACUCAUUCUUGACGACAAUACGGGCGUUCUGGCCGGCAACAUAAACUCGUGGAAGUGGCUCCAUAUAAUCUGUGCUGUCAUGACCUUUGCUAUCUUUGUCCCUCUCCUCAUUUUCCUACCCAACUCUCCCCUGGACGCUAAGUGGCUUUCGACCGAAGAGAAGGUCCACACAAUUCAGAUUAUCCGCUCGACCCAUGCUGGAGUUACCAACUCGACCUUCAAGUGGUCUCAAGUGCGAGAAUCCUUUACUGACUUGAAGAGUUGGCUAUUCAUUUUCCACAUGUUCUUCAACGAACUCCCGAAUAAUACAUCGCAACAACUACCUUUAAUCGUCGUCGGAUUCGGCUUCACACCAGCAGAAAGUGCCCUUUUCAAUAUAAUCAAGCCGCUCUGGGGGUUUAUUCUGAUCCUUGGCUCGGCAACUUUACUAUACAGCACCAAACUCGGAACCGGAUAUACAUGUGCUAUUUCUUACAUCCCCUGCUUCGUUGGUGGUAUUAUCGAGUUGGCGUCCCCUUGGUCCAAUAAAGUAGCCUUGGUAGUCGGAACCCAGGUCUCAACAUUCAAGCCCUCUUAUCUUCUCGGUCUCAAUUGGGCCGGAACGACUACCACAGGCCACACGAAGAAACUUACCCUGAUGACCUCGUGUAUUGUGGCUGCUUCAGUUGCCAACAUGAUCUCGCCCGAAUUCUGGCAACCGCAAUACAAACCGCGCUAUGUCUUACCAUGGGCCUUUAUGACGGCAUUCUGGUUUAUUUCUCCGGCGAUGUGUAUCAUUAUUCGUUUCUACCUCCAACGUGAAAACCAACGUCGUGAACGACUUCUCGCCGAGAAAGAAACGGACUCAGAAGGGGAUGAAGCUAUUGAUACGGGAAGCGAGAUCGUGAAGAUUGGGGAGCGGGACUUGGAUAAGACUGACAGAGAAAAUCUCAAGUUUGUCUAUCCUCUAUGA